AUAAAAUCUACUUUCUGGAAAGCCCUUAACACAGCAAGAUCCAGUCCAUGCAUUUGCAGCAGACACAGCCACCUUGUAAAGCUGAAGUAAAAUGCUGUUAGUAAGUGAGGUCCUUGUCACCCUCAUUGUAGCUCUUGUGUCUGUGCAGUUUCUGAAGGUGCUGUGGGCUCGCAGGCGACUUCCUCCAGGACCAGUCCCAUUCCCAGUCUUAGGAAACCUUUUUCAGAUGAACUUCAGAAUUCAUCAUGAGACCCUCAAAAAGAUGGCAAAAACUCAUGGCCGCAUCUUCACUUUGUGGCUGGCGCAUGUCCCUGUGGUCGUGCUGCAAGGAUUCCAAGCAGUGAAGGAUGGUCUGACCACCCAUGCGGAGGAUGUUUCUGCACGGCCUAAGACUGCUGCCUUUGAUGUGUUGACAAAUGGAAACGGUAUUAUGUUCUCUAAUGGUCAUGUCUGGAAGCAGCAGAGACGCUUUUGCUUCAUGAUCCUGCGAAAACUAGGAACGGGGAAGGAGCACCGAAUACAGGAGGAGGCCAGCCACUUGGUGGAGCACUUCGGCAAUAUGAAAGGAAGAUCUCUGGACCCUUCUCUGGUCCUUGGCUAUACUGUCGCAAACGUGAUCUGUGCUGUGGCUUUUGGACAUCGCUUCUCCCUAGAGGAUAAACACUUCCACAAGCUAAUUGAAAUUAUUGCUGACAUUAUUGCAUAUGGGAACAGUUCCUUUUAUUUCCUGCAUGAGUAUGUUCCCUGGCUUAUGGACUACAUCCCUGGACCCCACAAGAAGACAGUCCAAGGCAUUGCAUUUGUGCGUUCUAUAAUAAGAGAGGAGAUCAGAAGCUGUGAGAAGUGUGACAGAACAGAUGAACCUGAGAGUUUCAUUGACUUCUACCUGGCUCAGAUGGCCAAAGCUAAAGAAGACCCCAAGUCAUCAUAUGAGGAAGACAACUUGGUUCAGUCUAUUUUUGAUCUCUUUGUGGCAGGUAUAGAAACUACAACCACCACCCUGCGUUGGGCACUGCUAUAUAUGCUGGUUUACCCUGAUAUCCAAGAAAAAGUCCAGCAGGAACUGGAUGCUGUGCUGGGUCCCUCCCACACAAUAUGCUAUGAAGAUCGCAAGAAACAUCCCUACACAAAUGCUGUAGUUCAUGAGAUUCUGCGUUACAGUAGAGUUGUCUUAAUUGCACUUCCCAGGGCAAGUGUGAGAGACACGGACCUGCUGGGGUUUUCAGUCCCAAAGAACACGAUCAUUUUAUCAAAUAUUGACUCUGUUCUUACGGACCCUGGGCAAUGGGAGACGCCUGAAGAGUUCAACCCAAACCACUUCCUGGACAAGGAUGGAAACUUUGUGAGCAGAGAAGCCUUCUUGCCGUUCUCCACAGGGCACCGGGUGUGUGUGGGGGAGCUACUGGCGAGGAUGGAGCUCUUCCUCUUUUUAUCCCACCUGCUGCGGGCAUUCACAUUCACCCUGCCGGAGGGAGUGACGGAAGUCAACAUGGGUAUCGUUUUUGGGUCCACAAUGAAACCCCAUCCAUAUAAGCUCUGUGCGAUUCGUCGCUAGACUGCAGCACAUCCUGGAUCAGGAGAAAGCCGUUUGGCAGGAUUGACUCCUACGGGGAAUUUCCUCCUUCCAUGUCUUUUAUCCUUUUGCACUUCAUGUCCUGAAGUGAGUGUUAGUCUGUCCCACUGAGGGACGCUGUCUCAAGGUAUUGCACCCUGAGCAAUGCUCCUGGAAGCUGCUUCUGCUUCACGAUUGCCUUGUUCUCAGAAAGUCUUUAAGAAUUCUUCUCUAAGACGGUCCUAAUGAAAAUAAUGAGCAAAGAAGGUUAGAAUCUGACAUUGGUCCUAACCUGGACUCUGCUACUGGGAAGAAAAUAUAAAUAAAUGGAUG